GAGUGGUGCUUUCUGAAAUGGGCCCUCCCGCCGCGGAUCUGGGCAGAAACGUUCCGGGCCCGCGGGUGUCUGGAACCACGAGGAGCGAGGGCGCGUUUUCGGUGUCGGCAGCAGCAAACGGAGUUGAAGCCCAAGUAGCCCUAGGGGACCAUGGCCAACAGUGAGCGCACCUUCAUUGCCAUCAAGCCAGAUGGAGUCCAGCGCGGGCUGGUGGGAGAGAUCAUCAAACGUUUUGAGCAGAAGGGAUUCCGCCUCAUUGCUAUGAAACUCAUGCAGGCUUCUGAAGACCUUCUCAAGGAGCACUAUAUCGACCUGAAGGACCGCCCGUUCUUUGCUGGCCUGGUGAAAUACAUGCACUCAGGGCCAGUGGUUGCCAUGGUCUGGGAGGGGCUAAAUGUUGUGAAGACAGGCCGAGUGAUGCUCGGGGAGACCAACCCUGCAGACUCCAAGCCUGGGACCAUCCGUGGGGACUUUUGCAUCCAAGUUGGCAGGAACAUUAUCCAUGGCAGUGAUUCCGUGGAGAGUGCUGAGAAGGAGAUUGGCUUGUGGUUUCACCCUGAGGAACUGGCAGAUUACAAGAGCUGUGCUCAGAACUGGAUCUACGAGUGACAUGAAGGCAGACCGACCACAGUGCUUCUCCCACAUUGUUUCCCCUCCCUCCCAUGGGCAGGGGACCAGGCUAUAGCAAAUCUAGUUAUUUCUGAGAACUUCCCUUUUCAUCUGGAGGGAAACUCGGAGCUGUGAGGCUCCCUGUACAGUGUUACGUGCUACCAUCGGAUUAAAAUGUUUCAUCUCAA